UGUGUUGUGUGUUAUGUUGGUGCGAACACCGGUCUGGAUGUUGGUUUAGCUGCCUUCUGUCUGUGAGGAUUGCUUCAAAGCAAGAACAGCAGCAACAUGGGAUCGGUAAUGUAUGAGAUCAUGCAGCAGGAGAUCAGGCCCCUGCUGGCUGUAGACAUCAUAGAGCAGCUUCAUCGCCAGUUUGCCUUGCUCUCAGGAGGACGAGGGAAAGAUGGUGCCCCCAUCAUCACCUUCCCAGAGUACUCAGGCUUUAGCGAAGUGCCAGAGGAAGACUUCCUCAAUGUAGUUACUUACCUGACCAGCAUCCCCAGUCUGGAUGCUGCCAGUAUCGGCUUCAUUAUCAUCAUCGACAGGCGGAAGGACAAAUGGAGUUCAGUAAAGGCCUCUCUAUCAAGGAUCGCUGGGGCAUUUCCAGGAAACCUGCAGCUGGUAUUGGUGCUGAGGCCGUCCAGGUUCUUCCAAAGAGCUAUAGCAGAGAUCGGGAUCAAGCUGCACAAGGAUGACUUUAAAAUGAAGAUUGUGAUGCUGAACUCUCUGUCAGACCUACAUGGCUAUGUGGAUAGAGGCCAGCUGACCCGGGAGCUAGGAGGAAGUCUGGAGUACUGUCACAGUCAGUGGAUACACCACCGAACUGCCAUAGAAAACUUUGCCAUGACAGUGAAAACCACAGCCCAGAUGUUACAGAAGUUUGGGACAGACCUGGCAGAGACAGAGCUGCCCAAUGACGUCCAGUGCACCAAAGACCUGCUCACAGCACACAACGACAAACACAACAACCUCAAGGAUGAACUGAAACUAGCUUUGAAACAGGGCACCACCUUGUUAGGUUGUAUCAAGGAGCAGGCAGCUAAGUCAGAGAAUAACAAACUCAACCCAGAUGAGAUGGAGAACCAAACCACUGUGGAAAGGCUCCUAGCCCAGCUGGAUGAGACAGAGAAUGCCUUUGAACAGUUCUGGUGCAAACACCAUCUAAAAUUGGAGCAGUGCCUGCAGCUACGCCACUUUGAACAGGACUUCAGAGAGGUUAAAGUGUCUCUGGACAGUUUGAGGGACAGUCUAACCAGCUUAUCAGUUAUCAGAGACUGUCUGGCCGGACUUGAACACCUGCUAAAGGAACUGAAAACACUGGAGGAGAAGGCUCAGCCUACACUAGAAAAGGCCCAGCUCCAUGCGCUGCAUGGUGACCAGCUGAUCCAGAGCAACCACUACGCUGUGGACUCUAUUCGACCCAAAUGUGUAGAACUCCGGCGGGUCUGUGAUGACUUCAGCAAUGAGGCCAAGAAAAAGACGGAUGUCCUCUCCAAAUCCCUGCAGAUACACAUGGGCAUUGAAAAGGUAAACCAGUGGUGUGAGUCUGGAAUUUACCUGCUAGCCUCCCAGGCUGUGGAUAAAUGUCAGUCACAGGAAGGGGCAGAGUCAGCACUGACCGACAUUGAACAUUUUCUGGAGUCAGCAGAAAAGAAUCAGCUGACUGAACUGAGGAACCUCCACAACCAGUAUGAGGUUGUCCUGUCUGAGGAUAUCAAGACCAGUGUCCUGAACGCACUGAAGCGGCUGGAGGAUGUCCAGGAGAUGUUUGAGAAGCGGCACGUCAGUCUGAAGAGACUGUCAGCUAAACAGAUGAGGCCCGUCCAACCAGUUGCACCCCGGCCUGAGUCCUCUCCCAAACGGCCCUCACUGAAGAACCCCGCCAGGACUACAGGGAGCCACCAGCCUCUGGCUCGCAGAACUUCUGAUAACUGUAACAGUGGCAAGCAGCCAGCCGAAGCUGAACCCAACAAAAAGAAGAACAUACGCAAGGCCAAGGGAGGCAUCAAGAUUGAGGUGAUGCAUGAGGAAAGCCAAGGGGGUUCCACCCAUGUCCUUGUGACCAAUGAGACAGAGGAGAGUUUGUCCAACAGACGCAGACACAUCAUGACUGAGCUGAUCGAAACAGAGAGGCUAUAUGUGGAAGAACUGCAAAGCAUCAUGGAGGGUUACUUUGCGGAGCUAGAUAAUUCAGAGCUCAGCCACCUUACGCCCCCCACCCUGGAGAACAAAAGGGAUGUUCUGUUUGGUAACCUGCCAGAGAUAUAUGAAUUUCACAACAGGACAUUUCUGAGAGAGCUGGAGAACUGCACGGAGAAGCCAGAGCUGGUGGGAACCUGCUUUCUGAAAAGGAAAGAAGAGCUUCAGGUGUAUGAGAAGUACUGUCAGAAUAAACCCCGCUCUGAAGUUCUCUGGAGACAGUGUGGAGACAGCCUCUUCUUUCAGGAAUGCCAGAAGAAACUGGACCACAAACUCUCUCUGGAUGCCUACCUGCUGAAGCCUGUCCAGAGGAUCACCAAAUACCAACUCAUGCUCAAGGAGAUGUUAAAAUGCAGUAAGAGUGAGGGGAUGGCUGAGUUGGAGGAGGCCUUAGCUACCAUGCUGGACAUUAUCAAGUCUGUCAACGAUUCCAUGCACCAGAUAGCCAUCACUGGCUUUGAGGGAAACCUGAGUGAACUGGGAAAGCUGCUGAUGCAGGGAUCCUUUAAUGUGUGGACUGACCACAAGAAAGGCCACAGCAAGGUGAAGGAUCUGGCCAGGUUUAAGCCCAUGCAGAGGCACCUCUUCCUAUACGAUAAGAUGCUGCUGUUUUGUAAGAAGCGUGAGGAGACCACAGAUGGACAUGAAAAGACCCCAUCCUACAGCUUCAAACACUCACUCAAGAUGAGCGCUGUGGGUAUCACAGAGAACAUCAAAGGAGACAACAAGAAGUUUGAAGUUUGGUACAAUGGCAGAGAGGAGGUUUACAUCAUCCAGGCUCCUUCCAUGGAUGUGAAAAAUAUGUGGGUGUCAGAGAUUCGUAAAGUUCUUACAGGCCAGCUAGAGGCAUGCAGAGAAGCCAGCCAGCUCAACAUCUACGGAGCCCCCAUGAGGAAUGUGCGGAAGCUAGCACUGAGACAGUCUGAUUCAUCAAGUCCAGAAUCAGGCUUCAGGAGGACCAACCCCAGCCCUAAUAUGAGACAGAGGAGAGGUCCCCUCUCUGCUAGCGUAAAGAGCAAGAGACACGAGAUAAAGAGUGAUCCCACUCCAUUUGGUUAUGAAGAUACUUUGCGUGGUGCUAUGGCUGCAGCCGGGAAGUGUCAGAGCAUGAGUAGCAGCACUGCUACUGCUGCUGGCAGCACCUCAGCUGUACCUAGAUCGACCUCCCAACCAGGCUGGACACAGCGGCGUCCCCCUUCCAUGGAUACAGAGGACUUUGAGACAAUCCCCUCCAGUGGAGAGGAAUCCUCCAACUCUUCAGAAGAGGAAGGCAACAAUAAAAAUGGUGACAGCAGCCGUUUCCGGGUGCAGCUGACUUAUGAGUCUCAUGAAGCACGGGACCUCAAAACGGGUGAUCUGGUUCAGUUUCUGGAGGAAGCGGAGACCAGACACUGAUAUCUUCACUGAUCUGUGUACAGCAGCUCUCUCCAACUUUGACGGAAAUGAAGCCAGUACAUGGGGAAAUGUGUCCCAGGACAGCAGAUAAACAAAGCUGACUGUUGUAGCUCAUUAUAAUGGACUACAAGCAUUGUGUUGGACGACAACCAUGACUGAUAACUCUAUAUUUAACUGUACUUUGUCAUCUGUAAUUUCCUAAGCUGGACUUUAAAUAUCAACAACUAUUAGUUUUCUAUGUGUAGUUCUUCUGUUGGACUACAAAUAUAGUCAGUUAUUGUUUUUCAAGCAUAGUUUUUCAGGUCUGACUCAUUGUAGAUUCUUAGUGAAGCCCAUGAAGAAAGCUGGAAUCUUAACAUGUCUGAAUGCCACCGUGGGAAAGCCAUAUAAGAUUUUUAAUUCAACCAGCUGUCGUCUCUGGGGAACUGAAGACUGAUGGAUGUGGACACUUUACAUCCAAAGGUGGUUGAAUUCAGAUUACAUACUGUAGAAAAUGCAAUUCCAGAGUGGUUGGGCUGGAUACCUGAAAUCAAAUCCAAUUUAUGACUUGGAUAACCAUAGGAAAAAGUGAUAAAUUCCAUUUGCUGAUUUUGAGCAGGCCUUGGCAAAGUGCCCUGUUUUGCUGCUACAUUGUGCUGAAGCAAAACUCUUAAAGACCAGGUUCUGCCUCUGCUGCCUCACUUUAGCUGCUUUGGCUUUGCAGGUUCAAACUACAGACACUCCACAGUAGCUGCAGCCUCCAGGAGAACCUAGAAGUUGUCUUGUUUGCCUUUCUUCUCCCUGGUAGAGUACCUACAUAGUGUAAUUACGUAAUUACGUUACAUCAGAUAUAUUAUCUAAACAUGCCCAUUAUCGGACCCUGUAGACUUUCAAAAUAUCUAUAUAAAUUGCUCUAAGAGGUUGAAAGAUAUCUCCCUUUUUAUAUAAAACCCAUAUGUUGUUCUCUGUGCACUGAAAGGGAGAAAAAACAUAUGGUUUACUCUAUCUGGAAAGAAUUAUAUCCUGUUUGUUUAUUUGUUUUUAGUCAUUUGGGGGCAGAAACUGCCUUGUAACGUUGAUAUGGCUAACAUGUUAGCAAACACCUGUCUUUUUGGACAUCAGACAGACAUGGAGUUACAUUGGAAUUCAUUUGUUUCUGGCCACCUGACAAAUGUAAGUCACAUUUUAAUUCUUCUUCUAGGUGUGUUUUCGUCCUCAACUUGACAUCUGCCUGGAUAUAUCUUCUAUGUAGAGACAUAGAAAAUCACUAGUCACAAGCUUUGUUUGACUGCCCUCUGGUGCAAUGCACUUUGAAGCUUGUGUAGGGGUAGCUUGUUUGCCUAAAGCAGCUCUCUGCUAAAUCCAAAGGCAAGUUUGAUGAGAGAGGCAAGACCAAAACCACCACAACAGUGAGCUAAAGGAGUCUAUAAUGAUCUAUAGAGCUGAGCAGAACUACAGAACUAGAUGAUAAUUCUCUGUGGAAUUAUCAAACCUUUCACAUUACACAUUGUUCAUAUACAGUAUAUAUACUGUGUAUAUACACAAUUCAGGCAAAACAUUAAGUCUUUGUGUUGUGUCUGAAAGGUUUAAAAUGUAUUGAUUGGUGCAGCUUUAAAAAAGGUUUGGUAUUUCAUGGGUGCAACAAUUCAGAAAAUCUAAUUCUAAAAGAAUUUCCUUUAUUAGCUAAUGACAGCUUAAUUAUUUUCCAGCAGAAAAUACAUGUGAGAAAUAAAUCAAUCAUAAUGUGUUUUCUUGUUUAUUCACUAUAGAUGGACAGUGAAUAGCAGACCGAAGAAUGCAAACGGCUUUUGAUGCAAAUUAAGUGUUAGUGUAGCACAUCUUUUCUUUAGAUGGGUGGGGUGCUGGUGUAAAUCAUAUUUUGGGAAAUAUAUUUAUCUCUCUGAUUGUUAUGCUACUUGGACUCAUCUCCACAUAAUGGGAUUUUCACUAGUAAGCUUUUUGAGAACAUGCGUAUUGAGAGAAGUCUGACGACUGUUCAGCCAUUUCCUGCAAGUGAUUUUUCAGGGAAAUGCUUUUUUUAACAAGCAGCACCUAGGCUGUUUCCUUACAUCAGUUGCAUAGUGUUCACCUAUUCAGAGAAGAGAACAGCAAUGUAUACUGAUUGCCAGGAGGGCCUUGUAAAUAAACAUCAGUGUUUAUUACAUUUUUUUGGGUAAAGAUCCAUAUUCUGUCUGACUGCCAUAUUGUUAUACAUCAUUCUCCCUCAGGGGCUUUUUGCAUUGAAUUCCACUUCUACUGACAGAUGGAAUUCUACGGACUAUUCACUAUGGAUGGAUGAUUUGAUGGGUGGGUCGGUGAUUGGAUAGCUACAUAGACUGGUGGGUGGUGGAUGGAUGGAUGAUGGAUGGAUUGAUGGUUACCAUCUGUAACAGAGGGCAGAACUCUAUUAAAGGCCAUAUGCAUUGAUAUUAGUCUGAUUGUAAAGACAAACACUCCUCUUGAACAUGCUGUAUAUUUUGUCAUCCUAUGUUAAAUGAAAAAUAUGUAUCUUUGUAAGGAAAACAUUUCAGUUUUAUUGAAUCCUGCUGCAAUUUAAUUGCCAUUUACCAAUGCUAUAGAAUGUAUCAAGUCUGUAUAUUGUAUCUUUCAUUGUAAUGUACAUAC